AAGAUACUGUGAGAAAGAGAGAGAUCCGUUUCUAGCGCAGUCAGCACUAAAGUCCCUCACUGCCUUGUUGCGCGGACGGGACGGAGAGUGUGUGCGUCUCCGAGCUCCAGCGCUAGCAUGCAGAGCAAUCCAGAGAAGAGGAGAGACACCGCGGAGCGGGAGACGCUGAUGAUGGAGCUGACGCGCCUGGUGCAGAAGAGUGUGAGAGAGAGCAGCUGGUGGGAGAGGAGAGGAAUAGACUGCAGCAUCCUCACCGCAGCCUUCAUCAGUUUACCGGCAGGUACACACACACACACUUUCACUACUUUUCAUUAUAGACACAAAAGACACACAGGUCACUUAGAAAUGAUUUUGAUGAGAUGUGGUCUCUUCUGUACCCCUGCAUGCAUCACGAGAAUCUCUGUGGUCUCUCAGGUGUGCGGCUCGUUCUCAGCGCGGGCCGGCGUUCAGGCUCACGUGAAGAUGCAUCAUGCUCACACUAAUGUGAUCGGUCUGGGAGACUCCAGCACCUGGAAAAUCCCUUUCCUGCCUCGAUCCGUCUAUCUGUUCAUCGCGCCGCUGGCCGUCCCCAUCAUCACGCCGAUCGUCGCCGUCGGUCAGCUGAAGGGUCAGUCUCCGCUCCAGAUCCUGCGCACCGCCCCGUGUGUGUGUCUGGGCUUUUUUUCUCAGUAUUAUCUGCUCAGGAGUGUGUCGGGUCUGUCGUGCAGCUCCGCUCUGCUGGUCAUGCUUCUGUGCAGAGCCAUGUUCUCCCUGCCGUACAUACACGUCAACAUAUUUCAGCACAUCGGCCUGCCAAUGUUUUCUGCCACUCACCGGCCCAAACGCAUCUACCAGAUGACACACGGAGUCCUGAACCUUCCCCGAAACCCGCUGCUGGACUGGACCUUCGGCCAUUCCCUCAUCAACUGCCACGUGGAGCAUCACCUCUUCCCAUUCCUGUCUGACAACAUGUGCCUGAAGGUGAAGCCGCUCGUGUCUCAGUAUCUGAAGGAGAAGAAGCUGCCGUAUCAGGAGGACGCUUACAUCUCCCGUCUGAGUCUGUUCUUCCACAAAUAUCAGGAGCUGAUGGUGUUCGUGCCGCCCAUCACUGAACUGGUGGGAAUCCAGUGAUGAUGGGAUGAAGAGCAGAAGACACGGGAAGAUGGACACUGACAUGACGACCGUCCA